AUGGGGAAAGGAUGCAGAGUCAGCAAGUUGUGCAUUUUGAGUGUGGUUUUAGCCCUGGCUGCAAUUACAACUAUUGUUACAUUGUGGACUCUUGCACUGACAGGAGAUGAUGCCACAGCCCCUUGGGACAGGUAAGACACUGUUUUCAUGAAGCGUUGGACUCUCAGAUAUAGUGUGCUUUCUGAAAAGAGGGACCAUUUCAAUGAAACAAGGCAAGUUGUGCAAGUGCAAGACGAAGCAAAGCAUUAUCCAGUAUUGAUAAGGAACCUCAAGAGGGACUAAAAGUGUUUUUACUGCAGGAAUUAGUCAUAUUUUUCAUGUCACAAAUAGUUGCUUUAUAGGAGCUGGUACUUUCCAAACCUAGAGAAAAUUUAAUGGCCGAGCUUGGAGAAUCCUAAAAGUUUGAUUUAAGUUUGGUACUGUUGUUGUGUAGUCGUGUGUAAAAACAUAUUUUGUUUUAGAUAGCCUAUCGGUGCUUUGAUAAGCUAAACCAGAGUGGAUCACCAGACCUGAGUAAAAACAAGCAGGCUUUAGGAACCCUUUAGUGCCUUGAAAAUUAUCCUGAAGAAGAAUUUGAGGAAAUUUUGGACAAUAUGAAACCACAAGUUUGUCCUGUUAUGCUGUCAUCUCAUUUUUGGUGCUUGUUGCUGGGAAGCCACGGAAAGUAGUUUUUUUCCCUACCUUUCUUAAAAAGCCGCUCACGUUCACACUGUUUUCAAGGCCAGGGGCGUCUUGUGGGGUGUCAAGGGGUGGCAGUAGCCUUUUGAAAUCUGAUAUGCCAUAGCUUCUUAUUACUUUGUUGAAUUGAUAUGUUGUAGUGGAGGUUUUUUUUUUUUUUGUAAUACUCAAGCCAUAGUUUCUCUAUAAUAACUUACAAACUACAUUUGUAACAACAUAGCCUAUAACCCGUGGACUGUAAAAGUGAGGGUACCCCAAAAAUAUACAGUACAGGCCAAAAGUUUGGACACACCUUCUCAUUCAAUGCAUUUUCUUUGUUUUCAUUACUAUUUAAAUUGUAGAUUCUCAAAACUAUGAAUGAACACAUGUGGAAUCAUGUGCUUAAGAAAAAAGUGUGAAAUAACUGAAAACAUGUUUUAUAUUUUAGAUUUCUCAAAGUAGCCACCCUUUGCUUUUUUGAUAGCGCUGCAAACUUUAGCUGUUCUCUCAAUGAGCUUCAUGAGGUAAUCACCUGAAAUGGUUUUUACUUCACAGGAGUGCCUGAAGUAACCCUGACAAGGUACUUCUGUCAUCAAGAGCAAAGAGUGGCUAUUUUAAAGAAACUAGAAUAUAAAACAUGUUUUCGGUUAUUUCACACUUUUUUUAUAAGUACAAAAUUCUACAUGUGUUCAUUUAUAGUUUUGAUGCCUUCAGUGAUAAUCUACAAUGUAAAUAUUCAUCUAAAAAAAUAAAGAAAAGACAUUGAAUGAGAAGGUGUGUCCAAACUUUUGGCCUGUACUGUAAGUAGCAAUAUAAAAGUACUGUUUUUACACAUACCUGAUCCACCUUUGUCAGUACCCCAGUUGAACAACCACUGUCAUUCAAGUCUGGACCUGCCCCUGUUAAUGGCAGUUCAGAUUCUCCUAGUCACUGUCACCUGGCUACUUCUGGGCCAUGUUGAUUUUUCCACCAGUAAGAGACCUUAAGUAUUUUCUUUUCAUUUGAUUCUGCACUUGAUUAGUUCCUGUGUAUAUAAGCACACAGUCUACAGUGUUUUCCAUGGCUAUCAAAAAGUCAAGACUUGACAGAGGAUCAGACAACAAUUAGAUCUCCUUUAGAUGCAGUGUUGCUUCAGGUAGAGAACGUACAUGAAAGAAGGAAACACAUCAUUUCAUUCAACUCAAUAAUCUUUGUGUAUAUUCCUCUCAGGUAUCGUCUCCCUGCUGAUUUGGUACCUGACUCCUACAACAUCACCCUUUGGCCUCGUCUCAGCCCAGACCCAGACACCGGCCUAUACCUUUUUACAGGUGAUUGACACCAACUCUCAUUCAUAGCACUUCCACAUUGUGGCUUUAUCAGUCUUAUUACCUCCGCCAAGGAGGUUAUGUUUUCAGUAGCAUUGGUUUGUUUGUUUGUUUGUCUGUUAGCAACUUUACGGAGAGAGUAACAGUGUUGUUUUUGGCAGGCAUUUUAGAUUUAGUUUUAGUCUUAGUCAUUUUGACGAAAUGCUUCUUCGUUUUAGUCCCAUUUUAGUCAUUUCUAUCCUUGAUAGUUUUCGUCUAGUUUUAGUGCGACGAAAACUCAAAAGCUUUUAGUCUAGUUUUAGUCGACGAAAAGGUGCCUUUUGAGGUUCGUGGUGUUCUUUCCCGACAGUUUGAAGCCGCAGCAUGAGGAAACUGUGGCUCCACAACUGUCGUCUGUCUCGUCUCCCCAUAUAAGACAUUGUGUUUUAUUGUCACUUGGACUGUAUCUGAAGUAGGACCAUAAAUCAUCCCUCUUUUUUCGGCCAUCAGGUACCGCUGCUGUGCCUGCCGCCACGGUGUGUGUAUGUGCGCGCCUCGUCCACCUGCCGCUCUGUGUAUGUGUAUGAGUGUGUGCGCGCAGCUGUGCGCGAGCGAGGCUUUUGGUGCGUGUGUGAUGGGGGCGGGACUGUUAGGACAAAAAAAAGCAUGUUUUGAAAAUUUGUUCGUCCACGUAAUAACAAUUUAGUCUCGUCUCGUUCUCGUCUGACGAAAAUGAAUACAAUUUUUGUCACAUUUUGGUCUUUACAGAGCUUUGGUGACGUUCGUCUUAGUCUCAUGUUCGUCAAGGAAAAAAGGGGUCUGACGUCGUCAUUUAAGUUUUCGUCCUGCCUGACGAAAACAACACUGGAAAGUAACAGACAGAUUGACCUGAAAUGUGGUCAAGAUGGCCAAGAUGUUCACCAGAGGUGCGUCUCAGCCCCAGGAGGAUCCCAUUAAAUUUUGGUGGUGAUCCAGACAAAAUUCUGGAUACUCUGAUCCAGAACACACAAACAUAAGGGUGUCGUUGGAAUUUUCAAUGCUGAAAGAUAAGCAAUGGGUGGCACAGUGGUGUAGUGGUUCGCACUGUCGCCUCACAACCAGGUUCUGGGUUUGAAUCCCAGUCAGGGCAUUUCUUGUUUAUGGGGGGACAUGAGCUGCUUGGCGGAGGUCUGCGCUCUCCGACCGCUUUUCUAGUUUGAGAUGCUACCAGAGGAGAAAAAAGUCAAAUUAUUUGCCAGUUAGCGAAAAGAUCAAAAAAGCAAAGGUCACAGGUGAGGUUUCCUGAAUUAAGAUGUUGUUCAUAUUUCUAGUUUGAAAAUACUUCUAGUUUCUAGUUUGAAUGUUUGAAUACCCUGUUGACUGACGUUUUUAAUACUUACAAGCAACUCAGGUCUUGUCUUUUUUGAUUGGGUUUGUUGGCUCCUCAGGGACAGUAAACUGGUUUGCCUUGUUCAAACUGACAACCUGUGUGUGAUCACCUUGUUUAUCAACAGAUAUUAGGCUUUUAAUAUUCAGUAAGUCGAGCUGAUGCAUUUUUCUUAUGUUGUAUCUGUCCUCUCCCUGUGUUUCUCUCAGGCAAAUCCACAGUGAAGUUUAAGUGUGUGAAAGAAACAGAUCUAAUCCUGAUCCACACCAACAAACUCAACUUCACAAAGCUGGAAAAUGAACAAAUUGUCAGGCUGAGUGCUACAGGUACACUGGGCUACUAUACACACAGCGAAAAACAUGGACAUAAACAAAUUUAUUCACCACUUCAUUUCUCUUAAAGGGUCAUUGUCUCUCUUUUUUUCUGCACUCUGUACUCAGACUUGAAAUUUUUUUUCCACUUUUGAAAAAUACAGAUGUAAUACAGAUGAUUCAUAUAGGACAUGUGCUUCUCCAGUCUAGAUCUCACAUAUUUACUCACAAGCAAAACAAAAGUCAUUGUAAAAUUUGCUACUCCAAUCUGACUAUUAACUUUUUCUCUUCCCUAGAUGGUGGAUCUGCUCCCUCCAUAAAGUCAACCUGGCUACAGCCUGAGACCCAGUACAUGGUCAUCCAGCUGGGCAACAGUUUAACUCCACAACAGACUUAUGAGCUGUAUGCUGAGUUCACUGGAGAACUCGCGGAUGACUUGGCUGGCUUUUACAGAAGUGAAUAUGAAGAAGAUGGAGUCAGAAAGUAUGUUUUCCAGUCUGUCAUCGUUACUUUUUAGUAUGUGACUCUUAAUUUUGUUUUUGUAAAUUCUGUUCAAUUAUUUUGUAAUCAUUUUGAUCCUCUCCAGGACUGUUGCAACCUCUCAGAUGCACCCAACUCAUGCCAGAAAGACCUUUCCUUGUUUUGAUGAGCCGGCUAUGAAAGCUGUUUUCCAUGUAACUCUCAUCCACCCUGUUGGUACUGUAGCCCUUUCCAAUGGCAUGGAAACAGGUCGGUUUUAUUAUUCUUAUAGUUCAAACAUCAGUCUAACAUAGACAAGAGCUCGGUUACAUCACAGACAUGAUUCCUACAGUACAUUUGUACAUUUAUCCAAGUUUGGUUACCUUGUCCACUGAUAUUUAACAGUAUGCAAACUUGUGAAAGUAUCUCGAUACAUUGCCACAUUUUUACAAUGGACGAGUGAAGUAGAAAUAAAAACAUGGGCGUCAAUUCUGCUACAAUAUCUUUGUUUGAAAUAUUCCAAUUUUCAAAGUCGCUUGCUACAGAUUUCCAGACUCUCAGCUCCAUAUUAAAAGGAACAAUAAUAGGAACAACAAAAAAAUACCUGACAAAUGGUUUUACAUAGCAAAAUAAAUAAAUAAAUAAAAUCUAAAAAAAAAAACAAAAAAAAAACCCAUUAAAAUCUUUUUAGCAUCUAUUGCAGAGGACCAAGGCCUCCUUAGCGAUGUGGUUGUGUUACUAUAUAGUUUAUUUUGUUACUAUCGUGGUGUUCAGGUUCAGCACUUGAAAACCUCACACGAACCUACACAUACACAGUUUUUUCUAUUAAUGCUACACUAAUGCCUUUCCUCCAGUGUCAUAAUCUUAUCAACUUCAUGUAGCAGCUAUUUGGGGUUGUCAACAUGAAGUACACAAACUCUCUAAAAUGAGCAACCUUCCUCAUCAAAACAGUUUCUGCUUUUUGACUCUGUAGCUACAGUUUGCAAAAGCUGGGAAACAAAAAGAAUACAAAGAGGCACCUAAAAACUGGGGUGGAUAAAUCAUACUACAGGUCUAAAAAAGAAAGACAGGAUACUCUUUAUGGAUGAGCUGUAAACUGUGAUUGUGGAUUCUACACAGGUGCUUUAACCAUCUUUAAAGAUGACAUAUGUGUCUGGACUUGUCUGGUUAAUCAGCCUUAUAUGGAGUCUGACAACCAAAACACCUCUUGUUUUUGAUAUUUUGUGCAGUUUAACGUUUGGAUUAACUAAAGAUGACGACAAAAAGUUUUGUAUUUUGACAUCCUUUGAACUGAUAAGUAAACUACUGGAAAUAAACCCUACAAUACUUGCUUUUCUGAUUAAAAAAAAAAGCAGCAAAGAUACAAUUCUCUCUGUGUUUGUCUUUCAGAUAUUAUAAACACCAAUAUUGAUGGAGUAACUGUGACACAGACCAAGUUUGAGCCCACUGCGAAAAUGUCCUCCUAUCUGCUUGCCAUUGUUGUCUCUGACUACACCUACAUCAAUGCAACACAAGGAGAUACACUGGUAACUGUCUGUGAUAAAACUAAUGGUUUAAUUUUGUAGGGCUGGUUAACAUCAUUUAAAUUAGGUUACUGGUUACUUCAUGAAAUACCUAUAAUUAAACACUAAAACAUUAUAUAGAUGGGUUACUCACAAAUAAAGGUAACAUGUGGUUGUACUCUUGUGUAACCUUUAAUGAAAACACCUAAAUCCUCUAAUUCCUUACACAUUCCAGUCAUAUUGUCCAGACUGAAUUCAGCCAACUGACCUCAUUCACAGUCCAUAAUCUAUACACUACACAACUAUCCAUCCAUGUAGGGUUUUUACACAUGUGAGCUGCCUUUUUUUAAUUUUAGCCUGUAAGUCUAGGAAACAUGACCUCAAACAUCUAGCACAUAAAGAGAUGAUACAUUGAUGUGUUUACUGUUGUGUGUUUAGAUCCGUAUCUGGGCUCGGAGGAAGGCCAUUGAACAAGGACAGGGGGACUAUGCCCUCAAUGUGACGGGACCUGUGCUGGACUUCUUCCAGUCAUACUAUAACAUCUCUUACCCUCUGAGCAAAUCAGGUAAGCUGGGUCUCUCAGAACAGGAGAGUGCCUGAUUGGAUCCUGUGAUGUGAUGGUAUAGCCUAUUCUCCUGUGAAUGCUUGUGUGUCAUAUUGGGGUUAUAAAAAUUUAAUGUGUUUAAAAAAAAUAUGAGAGGCAGAAUAAAUAACACAACUAAAAAAAACUGCAUUAAAUAAGACCAUAUAAUAUGCCAGGAUGGUACAAAAAAUGUGUUUACUAAAAGUGGACACCAGAGGAGGCAGCUAUAAGGAAAACAGGACAGGGCCUUAGAUAGAACCUUGGGGCACUAAAACCUGUAUUGCAGGCAGCAGGAAGGAGUAACAGCUCUCCGAGGUAACAGUUGAAAUGAGAUUGGUGAAAGCUUUUAAUAGAGUAGUUUUCGUGCAGUGGCUCUAAAACUAUAUCAGACUUCUCAGAAAUGUCAACAAAAUUGAGGUAAAGUCACACUUGAAAAGAGAGUUGCCUUGUCUCGAACUUUGGACACGACCAAUUGCUUAAAAAAAGGCCUUAAAUUAAAGAGAAGGUUUUAAAUUGUUUUUCUUGACAAGGAUUAGCUGCUGUAAACUGCUACCCUGGGGAUUUUAAAAUCUGCUGUGGGGAGGGAUGCUCCCCAUCAGCUUAUCUUCCCAGCUGCUCGAGUAUAUAGACGGGUUUCUUGUGUACAAACAAUACUAGAUGCGCGCAACCAGGGGGUCAAAGCCUGCUUGGGAGUGAACUGAUAUCAAUGAAGAUGCCAUAUUGUUUGCAAGUUCUCCCUGACACAAUUGCGAUAAAAUGUCAUUACAUUGAAAAUCGCUUUGUCUUUCAUUGCAUCAAAAUCAGAAAAACAAUUGCUGAAAUGUCCAUGAAUUUCACUCAGUUUACCAGGUUGUGACGGUGUUUUAGGUGUUUCUAAUAUCAGGAGCAGGGUUGUAAUGUUUGCCGAUUGUUUGUUUUACCAAUUCGUGCAGUUUACAGCACAACAGCUCCUUGUCAUUUUCUUUCUCUGUUGACUCCGCUAGUAAACAAAUAAGAAAUGUCCUGCUUUCUGCCCCCUGGCCCCACGUGCAUACCUGUGAUGACGUUGCACAGAAACCCACUAAACCAUCUUUCUGCCUUACAGACCAAAUUGCUCUGCCAGACUUCUAUUUUGGUGCAAUGGAAAACUGGGGUUUGGUGACAUACAGAGAAACUAAUCUGCUUUAUGACCCCCUGACCUCCUCCAACAGAAACAAAGAGACAACUGCCACCAUCAUUGCCCAUGAACUUGCUCAUAUGGUGAUCCAAAUUUACAUUUUUUUUUUUCUAACAAUUCGAUCAAUUCACUCAUGAUAAGUCAGCUGUUUGAUCUCUGGAUUUUGUGCUGCAGUGGUUUGGUAACUUGGUAACUCUACGUUGGUGGAACGAGGUCUGGCUGAAUGAGGGCUUUGCUUCAUAUGUGUCAUACUUGGGAGCAGACUAUGCUGAGCCCUCAUGGGAUGUGGUGAGUAAAAAGUGAUCUGGAUACAAUAUUUGCUGUCUUCAAACCAGCACAUACUGUUUGCAUACUACAUAUUUGCACUCUAUUGCUCGGCCCUUCUGUAAUGCUUAGUCCGAAGGCAUAUAUGCCUGUUUAGCUUUUACAAAGAGAAAAUGUAUAAAAUGAGGCCUGAGGGUAAGAAAUCUUGAAUGUUACUCUGUGUGUUUGCUGCAGAAAGACUUGAUAGUACUUGAUGAUAUCCAAAGAGUGAUGGCAGUCGAUGCCUUGACCUCCUCUCAUCCUCUGUCCUCUAAAGAAGACAGCAUCAUCCUGCCAAACCAGAUCACUGAGCAGUUUGAUACCAUCUCAUACAGCAAGGUAAGAGACACCGAAUCCUUAAAUAUAACUUAAGCAUGAACAUAACUACAUCGCUUAACUGCUAAACAUAUAAACUUUAAAACUGGUUGAUUUGUAGUAAAAAGUGAUCACGAGUAUCUCUGUUUGCUUUAGGGGGCAUCGGUAUUAAGGAUGAUGUCCUCUUUCCUCUCAGAGUCCGUCUUCGUCCAAGGACUUUAUGUGAGUUUUUAAAUAUGGCAGCUUAUGCUUCAGAUGUGAUGAUUCAGACAUCUUUUAGGUGUUACUUCUGGAUGGUGCUCCCCAACUGAUUAAUUUGAUAUGAUGUUUGAAGUCCCACUCUGCUUUAUUUUUACUACUUCAAGUGUUAUCAGUGUUCUUUAAAUUGUGAUAAUGAAGUUUUUAGCCAAAAUCACAUUACAUGUGUCAUUUUCAAGGGCUUUUCUUCUGCAGAGCCCUUGUAGCUCAUUAGCAAUUUGUCUCUGAGUCGUGGGCAGAGACAGCGCUGUGCUCCACUCUCCUCUUCAUGCCAGCUUGCAGCCUAACAUUGUCAGCAUAGUAGAGGUGGCAGGUAACAUAGGAGCUUUUCAGCCUUUAGACACUAAUGUCUUUAGGGACAUGAUGAAAGUUAAUAUCAUUAUUAGCUUUCUUAUGAGCAUUGCAAUCCACUUCCGCACUUGUUCCGCGAUAGUCCUCUCUACUUCUAGGGAUCUGGCCUGCAGAGCGGGGCACCAGGGGCAGAGCUUGGAGUUGUGGCAUAGAAAGUCCCACUGUUUGGGUCUGUGAGUAGUUCACAGUGAUUUGAAUGCAGAAAUACUCAGAAAUGCAAUUUUGCCCUUAGUUUUCUCACGAUAUGUCCUCUAGCAUCAGAAAAAAAAUGCCACAUGAACAUGUAGACGACAAGAAAAACAUAAUUUUUAUUGGAGUGGGUCUUUAAGUCAGGUGAAACAGUAAAAAUAUAAUCAUAGCCAGUUUUGAAGAAAAGUUGGAUCUUGUGAUUACAAGAGGGUUUUACUUAAUUCAGCAACAGGGAGAAAACAAAUACGACCUAACAUUGCCUGUGUUUGUCUCCAGAGUUACCUCAAUCACUUUGCCUAUGAUAAUACAGUUGGAAAUGACCUGUGGGACCAUCUAGAAAUGGUAAGAUAAAAAAAAAAAGAUAAAUUAAAUAGUUUUAAUUUAAUUUAGAGUAAUUUUUGAAAUGCUCUCAUACAGGCCUUGUGUGAUAUUUAGCCUAAAGGCUUGACUGCUCGUUUUGAAUCUCCCUGGAAAAUAUAUUCAAAGCUUUUGGGACUUAUUCAGGGCUUGACUCCUACUUUGUGUGCCAUUUACCAUAUGCUUAAAUUUAUGGUCCAUUACAGGAAACAUUUUAUUUGCUGACAAACUCGGACAGAUGUUGUUUUUGAAUUGUAAAUGUUUUAUAUUACCUGACAAAAACAGACACAAACUCAGACAUGCUAAAGAGUCAAAAACCAUGAAUUGAUCAUUCCUUUUUGCUGCUUCAUCAACAGGCCGUUAAAGCCAAUGAUGUUUCACUUCCUUACUCAGUUAGUGAAAUCAUGAACCGCUGGGUGCUUCAGAUGGGCUUCCCUGUGGUCACCAUAGAUACCGGCAAAGGCAUGGUGACCCAGAAGUACUUCCUGUUGGAUCCAGAGUCCAAAGUCACAGUUGAUUCACCUUACAAGUAUGCUACACAAAACAUCAUGUUGUUUAAGAUGUUUUUUUUCUUCCAAAGUGAUAAUACUCCAACAGAGUAGCUGUAUUUUCAGCUGCUUACAUAAACAGGAUGAACAGACAGUGUGAAUUCUUUUCUUUUUUUUUGUCAGGGUAACAUGUCGACAAUAGCAUUUGUCUCAUCUGCCUCUGUGCCAUUUUCUAAUCCUGACCUCCCAACAAAAUAAGUAAGUUUGUGAUGUGUUUUCUCCCUUAGCUAUGAAUGGGUGAUUCCCAUCACAUGGAUGAAUAAAAGCGGAGUAUCAAGAAACACAUUUUGGCUGACCAAAAAGGAAGGUGUGUAAUGAUGUGCUCAAUAUGUGCAGCAUCGGCAAGACCAAAGUAAAAUUAAGAUAAGGUCUGCCUUACCAAAAAUAAGUAUACCUCAAGAACAUUUUAUGAAGUAUACUGAAGUUCAUUUUAGUAUGCUUCCCAAAGUAUACUUUGUACACUGAUACAAAUGUCUAUUGUUUCUUUUUUUUUUCUCUCUCAGCUUACAACUCAGAUUUCUUAAUGGAUCAGUCCUGGAUUUUGGGCAACAUAAAUGUAACUGGGUAUUACCGGGUAAACUAUGAUCCUUCAAACUGGGACAGACUCUACAAGCAGCUUGUUACUGAUCACCUGGUAAAAAAAAUUAAUCAUUUCAUAUUUUGUUGUAACAGUAUAUUCCGGGGUAAAAUUAAUUAAGGGUCAAACUCACCAUAACGCCGAGUUAGACACCCCCUCGAGAGAUGAAUCUUGCCGACCACUUGCUUCUCUAGUUAUACCAACUUUAGUAACGACCAUGUGAUACCAAUACACAGCAGUCUGAGGAGCCAUAAACAAACCUCAACCAAAAAGCCACUCUAUAGCCACAAAUAAUGCUCAGAACAUCUCCUAACUUCAUCAACAGUACAUAUAGUAUCCCAGCCAUAGUACUAGCACAUCUUUUUAGCUUUGCCUAAUUUCUUUAGCAAAGAAACUAAACGCAACUCACCUACUCUCUUCUAGCAGCCACUUUUUUCGCUUGCGAGACCUCAGGCCAGUCCAUUACAGACGGCUGUGGGCUGACGCAGCUCAAGGGAGAACAUUUAUGAUCAUUUCUCUAGCAUUUCCUUGAAGUAAUAAUCACCAUAUUAAUCAUUUUGCACUGCAGAUGCAGUAGUUCUUAGGUCUGAUUGCAUUUCCAUGAAGAAAUGAUACGAAAGUUGAUAUAGUGAGAGAAGCAAGCGGCAGCAUUCAUCUCUCAAGGGGGUGUCUAACUCGUCGUUAGGGUGUGUUUGACCCUAACUUAAUUUACGCCGGAAUAUCCCUUUAAACUUCCUGAAGUUUACCUCUCAGCUUCUGUCCUGUUUUUUACUCUCUCCUUAAUUAUAUAUAUAUUUUUUAUGUUUUGCUUAUAUUUCAUAUAAUGACUGUAUAUAAUCUGAUAUGCAGGUUAUACCAGUUGCAAACAGGGCCCAGCUUCUGGAUGAUGCCUUCAGUUUGGCCAGGUAUUUUGUUCUCAACAUUUAGGGCUCUUUUUUUUUCAGGGCUUCUUUCUUUAAGAACAAAUUUGAUGUUGUUACAGGAAAUUUGGGGUUUUGUAAUUAUAGAGUUGAGUCAGCUGUACCUCAUAAGUGUAAGAAUAAAAUGUUUUGAUGCAGAGGCAUAGUCCCAGGUAGGAAACUCAACUUUGUAUGAAACUGUAUGAAACAUGUUUCCCUUCUGUCUGCAGGGCUCAGCUGGUCCCCAAUGUUUACCCUCUGAUGUUAACCUCUUUUCUGCUGAACGAAACAGAGUACAUGCCCUGGCAAGCUGCUCUCAAUAAUCUACAAUACUACUAUCUCAUGUUUGAUCGCACUGAGGUCUACCAGCCCUUGCAGGUAAACUUCACCUCUCAGAUCGCUGUAGGAUUACUUCCAGCAUCAAGCUGCGGUUUGUAGAGAGUAACUAUUUGGACUAACAGUUUUACACAAGUUUGCACAACCAAGAGCAUAACUGACUGAGAUGACUUGCUCAUCCCAGCUCCACUUCUUAGCCCAUUUUUCCCCUUAAGUUAAACCUCAUCAUGUUGUCUUUAACAGUCUGACACAUCACUUAUGGAGAAUCUCUGCUAUGGAAAAUGUGUUUAACUGUAUGGUGUGAAUCUCUCACUCUGACACCCUGUAACUGUCCUUGUCUUGAUUGUCUCAGUGAUUCUUCUGGCUUUUUAGUUUUAUCCUCUGUUGAAAUCAGCUAAAACACUUCAGCUUUGACUCACCUCUGAAAUAUUUGCAGGACCAUGUAAUGAAAUUGGUAACCCCCCUCUUCAUGCACUUCAAAGAAUUGACAGCCAACUGGACUGAGAUACCUGAGAAACACACUGACCAGUGAGUAUAACCAUCUGAAAACAGUUGUUGCGGGCUAAACAGACUGUUUUAGGGCAAAUCCAUGUUUUGAAAAAAUAGUAAAUUCCAUUUAGUGAAUGUUUACUGUGAAACAUGAAUUUUCCUGUUACAGCCCAGUUGACCCCUACCCCCUUAACAACAGUUUCAGACAUAUGAGAUAAUAAUAUAAAAUUCAUCAGUCUUGUUUCUGAUGGUCUAGUUUGCUUUUGUGUAUCACAACCAGGUAUCAUUUUAAAUUUCAGUCAAUUUGAUAAAUAACAGAAAACUCCUCCCAGGAGCUUUAAGUGAGGCCUCACUAACACACCACACCAACACCUUUCCUUUCCUUAAACAUACGGGUGUGUCCCACCUCACACCUUGCUGCUCUCUUUUUCUGCAUGUGUCUGUUCUUUUGACAGUGUUCACCAGCGGCACAUUCUGAGAUGCCAUCAUGUUUUGAAAAACAUCUCCCAGUAUCACUUUUCACAGCAGUUGAGACACAUACAGAUGGCACUUGUGAAUUAACUGUAAAUUAUUUAUUUUUACAACCACAUAACUUUUCCGUGGCUCUUUUUGAAUUAGUGGUCUUUAUUUUGGGAAUUUUUGUGCGACACACCUGAAAAAGUGUUCUCAGUUUUGAGUUCAAAAACUACAAAUGUACACAAACACUAGAGCACCUAUGGGUAGCACCUAUUGUUAACACGCUUCUACGUAGCAUCAUACUUCAGCACACUGCUACAUUUUGUAGUAAAACUGUUUUCACACACUUUCCAUGUCAAUUAGUUACUUAUUACAUGGAAAAUUACAAUACAACAAAACAUUAACAUACAUGUAAAAUAUACAAUAUAUCAUUGUGACUUCCUGUUUACAUAACUGCACAUUUUUGUACUUCAGCAAAUGUUUCAGACGCAAACCACUUACACACAGUGUCACUGGGUCUCUCUAUCACUGAUAGCAGUUAUCCUAACUGUUUAAUUAGCAUUAGCAACUUACGUUCAACAUGCUCACGGAGUUCCCUUAAUGUUACUUAUGUCUGCUUACCUGUUAAAAUAGAGCUCAUAUUGAGAGCACAGCUUCAUAUUACAGCACAGAUCUGCAUUGCAAAAGGAUUUACUAGCAGCACACUCCAUCUUUUGGCGAAAGAGGGUAAUAACACCUUAACUUUAACUUCACUGCUUUUAGCCUGUGUGAAUGUUACUGAAACAUGAUAGAUAUUUUUAUAAAACAAUAAAGGAAGUAAAAUGUAUUAAAGUACAUAGUACAUGAGUAACUCGCUCAGUGUUGCGUUUUUCUAUGGACUCAAACUCCCUGUCAUUACGGUUGGUUUUGCCCUUUUUUAUGAGUCGUUGAAGGUCUGCCAGUUUGAUAAGGGGAUGAUAUUACAAUUUAAUAACCUGGCAAUGCAAAAGGGAACAUGAAGCACAGUGUUAUAGCACUUUGAUCUGCAGGGAGAGUGAUAUCCUGUUCAGAUGGACAAGGUGACACAUGUCUCUGAUUGAGAUUAAGUUUGUGAGGGAUAAUCUGUGCUGACUGUGAUGUAUUUUUGGCUUAUUGUCACUACUGCAGAAACAGUUAUAAAUACUUACAUGUGGUAAAAUGAAUUUCCUUUAUCAACCCAGGAUUCUUUUCUGGCUCUGUGUGUGUCCAAAAUUUUAACCCUUUCCUUUCCCUCCGAAAAAAUAGUUGUGGUGCCAAUCGAACUUCCACAAAGUUUGGUUGAGCCUCACAAAUACCACAAAAUGUAACACGGUCGUCUCUUCCUGCAGGUAUAACCAGGUGAAUGCAAUCCAAAUGGGGUGCAAUGUCGGACUAACAGAAUGCCAGAACCUGAUAACUGGAUGGUUCAAACAGUGGAUGGACCACCCUCAACACAAUCUGUUGGUCUAGUUUAAAUAUUACUUUGCACCUUCUGCCUCUUCCCCUUUUUCUCGUAGUAACCAAUGAGUUUUCUCCACUCGCUGUUUACUCUAAUACAUUCAUUCAUCCGUUCAUUGUUUGUCAGGAUCGCUGCAAACCUGCGUUCAGUGGUGUACUGCAGUGCAAUAGCAGCUGGUGGUGAUGCGGAGUGGGUGUUUGCCUGGUCCCAGUACAAGAGUGCUACACUAGCAAGUGAGGCCGGCAAACUCAUGUCUGCACUGGCCUGCACCAACGACACAUAUCUGCUGCAAAGGUGUAACACUUAAUGUCCUAUUCAUAGAUGAUAACAGUCAUAUAACAGUGAAGUAAGAGAGAAAAUGUUCCAUUUGAAAUGAAUGUCUCCGUCACAGAGAUGUGGAAAGAAAGAAAACUGCCACUGAACCAUGAACUUUAAAUGAUCUUUUUUCCCUGUUUUUUGUUUUCAAAGCUAUCUAUCCUAUACCCUGAACCCAGAUAUGAUACGUAAGCAGGAUGCCACCUUUGUCAUCACAUCUGUAGCCAGCAACAGGAUGGGCCAGGAUCUAGCGUGGGACUUUGUCAGAGAACAAUGGGAAUACAUGUUCACAGAGUGAGUAACACACGUAUAAAAAGGUGGAGCUGUGUAGAGCUGAGAAAAAUGACAAAACAUUACAGCUUUUUAUUUUACUAAAUUACGAGUGGAAAUUUUCAUCAUUGACAAGCCGACAAAAUUAGGUUAAACAAAGAGCCUGAUUGUGUGCAAGGACAGAGUCUUAUCUUUAUUUAUGCAGGUAACACACUACACAAGGAACACAAACGGCCCUGUCAUAAACCAGACGCCAAGUAUUUUAACAUGCAGCCCCUGAAGUCUAAUUGUCAAUUUCCACCUGACUCGCCUGUCACUUUGAUACACAGUGCAUUAGGUUUGAUGGUUUUGAAAUGAGGUAUUGUCAGGUGAAAAGAUGAUGUGCUGCUAUCUUGAGGAUUCAUGGAGGUGAAGAGACUCAUCCUCAAAGAUAAUGUGACAGUAUGGCACUGAUUUCUGAAUCCAAGAAUAGAUAUGCCCUUGUGACUAUCACCUCACAUACACCAGCUUAACCUCAAUCCUGCACAGGCCAAGUAACUCAAAUUGAGGCCAUCACCAAACUCCCUAUAACGCCCAUGAUUAUUAAUAAUAAUAAUCAUUCACAAUUACAGGUAUUUCUGUCUUUUAUUCUGUAUAUAUAUAUAUAUAUAUAUAUAUAUAUAUAUAUAUCUAUGGCAAAUUGACGACAAAAGUCAUCUUAAGAGUUGAGUUCUUUUCAUUCCCAGAUAUGGUGUAGGCUCUUUCUCUUUUGCCUCCAUGAUCAGUGGUGUCACAGCAAGGCUCUCCACACCCACCGAGCUGCAACAGGUCUGUACUUAUUAAGGAAUUUCCCAGCAACUUCUUGAGAUUGUUUUCUCAGAAAAAGUAAUGUAAAACAUUUUGUUUUGUUCAUUCUGUAAGCUGGAGGAGUUUGUGAAUGAGCACAGCGCAGCAGGGUUUGGCUCUGCCACUCAGGCUGUGCAGCAGGCUUUGGAGAGGACCAGGGCCAACAUCAAGUGGCUGGAGCUGAAUAAAAAACCCAUCCUGGAGUGGUUAACAACGGGCUCAGGUCUUUAGCUCACCUAAAAUUUUAGGAGUGGGUAAUGUUUAGAGCAAAAAAAGACAACCCCUGUGCCGUGAGGAUCCACCUCCACUGUGAAGACCCGCUUCACUGAGAGGAGCCAUUUUUUCUCCUCGUUCCGUUUUUUUUUUCUUUUUUUUUUUUUUUUUUAAGUGGUCAUCCCGUUUUGUAUUUUGUUUUUGUUGAACACAUGAACACAUGAACACACACACACACAUGAACACACACACACACACACACACACACACACACACACACACACACACACACACACGCACACACACACACAAAAAAUAUCAUAUUAACAUUGUAUACAUAAGAUAAAGCCCCAAGAAAUAAAAUAUUCAUUCACACAGAACAAAAAUAUGUACUUCCCAGUCGAAUCACUUUUAAUUUGAAAGGCUUUGAAUCAACUUAAUUUAGCAUAAUAAAAAAAUAAAAUAAAAUACUUCCGGUAUAUUUGCUUUUAUUUUGAAAGGCCUCAGGUCAAUUUCUGGUACGCACAGUGGAGGUGGGUCCCCACAGUGGAGGUUUGCAACGAAGGGUCCUG